GAAAUAAACAAAAAACAAAUAACAAACUUUGAAUCUUCUUCAAUUAUUAUUUUGUGAUUUGAUUUAUGUUAUCCCGUUACUGUGCUGUGCCUCACUUUUACCCAUAUAUAUGAAACAGUGAGGCAGAUGCCAGCUUAAUUAAAUCUAGAGUUAGAUUGAUUGACUUACAAAGAUGCCACUUUUUUCAAGCAACAAAUUUCUUUCCAAGAAAACCCCUCAGCGCAAAACUUUCCACAAUUUCCCCAAGAGGAAAGCGGGAGAGGAAGAAAAUUUAAAAUUUGAAAUAGAUAAAAUAAGGAUAAAUGUAGGUGAGCAGAGAGCAGUUUUUGAAGAUGGAGAAUGGAUACCAGAGGGCGGAGUUGGCGGCCAAAGAGUUCAAGAGAGUCUACGCAGCAGACAGCAGCUCCAACAGUUGGAGUCGGAAAAUAAUCUGCUUAAACUGAAGAUUGAGGUGUUGUUAGAUAUGGAUGCUGCUAAUGAUUCAAAGAACUGCCAAAACAAACCAAAAACCAUCACCGUCAAAUUGAAAAUAAAACAAAAAGAUCAUGACGGAAAAGAUCAUGAGCGAGUAGAAGAAAUAAAAUGUACAAACAAUGAAAUUUCUAGUAUAAUAGCGAAGAGGUUAAUUGUAGACUAUUUGAAAAAUUGCUAGUUUUAAAAAGUACACUGCGAUCAUUCCAGCAUUGGAAUUAGGUUCUUCUGUUUGCAACCAGGAUUGUGUUUGCACAAAACCGGUUAGAUUUUAUGGAGUGAAUUUGCAGUUAAGUGUAUUGACGUUCCAUUUAAGUUGUUCUUGAAUUCCAAAGAUGUGUUCUGCGAUUUAUUUCACAACCUUUCUGAAAGAUUUGGAGAAAUAGCUUAGAGAUGAACACUGAAGUACGGGAUUGCAGAAUUUACGAUUACCUAACAAAGACGGCAAUAAGUUCAUCGUCCACGGUAGCUUACAAGAAAUAGAGAUUGGCUCUAGUAAAGAUAAACAAAGAUAAAUCUCUGUUUGAGUAUAAAGUUUGAAAUGUUCUCGGAGAGCAAGCGGUCCCAAAAAAAUAACCUGCACAAGAGGUUAAUUGUUAGAGUCACAAUUAAUGUUAGAGAUACAAUCCGCUUGGGAAUAGUUUCCUUUUUUUAUGGUCUUUGUUUGCUUUUGUUAGUAUUGUUUUCCUAUUUUGCAUACUCUGUUGUUAAGCACUAGUAGGGCAAUGUUUUUUUGUGUGUUGUUUAUCUUAGUGCUUGACCAUUUUGUCAUUAAUAUAGUUUUUUAACCAAAUACAUUUUGUAAUGUAGGCCUACAAAUUUAAUUGGUAAUAAAGCUGAAACAUUUCAAUUUAGUUUUGUAAUAAUACUGUAGCCUUUACUUGAUUCUUACUGUAAAUCAUUUGCACAGUAGGUAAGUUUUAUUUAGUCAUUAAAUUUUUAUUUAGUUUUAGGUAAGUUUUAUUUAGUUAGCAAUUGUUUGUUUUCAACUUUUGUGUGUUUUUUUUAUUUUGAAUGCUGCACUAAUUUACUUGUAAUGCCUGAGGUGUAAUAAUUUAAUUUAUUAAAUUUAACAGCUGUUUAAAACUUACAUUUUCACAGCUGACAGAAACGACAGCGGAAGCACAUUUGCAAGACAAAGAAUUAACAAGGCUUCGACAACAAAUCAUGUUGUUGAAAUCUGUGUAGGACAAACAGGAAUGAACUUCUGCAGAAAUUUGUACUGUUUCAUUAAUUACAAUAUUAUAAAUUAAAUCAAAUUUCUUUAUUUUCUGUUUACACAAUUGUCAUUGUCAUUAUUGCUUUUAUCUGUCUAACAUAAAAAAAUAUUUAAGUAAAAUCUAAAAUAACAUGGUCAUCAUGCUUUUUCUUCUUAAAAAUACAAUUAAUUAUAUUGGUAGUAAUGAAUAUAUUGGAUGUAAUGGUUAUAUUGGAUUGCAAAGUGUUUUGUUGUUGGAGUGUAUAAUGAUUGCAAAUGGUGGAAACUUAUUAACAAAUAUACUUAAAUUUCAUGAACUAUUGUCAGUAAGUGAGAGUUGUGUUAAAGGUAAAUCUUUUUUAUUCCAGCCCAAUCAUUGUGUGGAAUUCCUCAUAGUUUUACUGAUUUGUUUCCUUGAGUUGUAACUGAAUAAAAAAUUUGUUUUCCUACAGUUACCUAACAAUGUACAUGUUGUCUCACUGAUUUGAGAAAGCAAAGUGGCCAAUUCGCUCACCAGUGAGACAAUGUUAACAUUGUCUCACUCUAAUUACUUUGUCUCACUCCAGAUUUGCAACGUGAAGGCACGAAAUAGUGAGCGCGUAACAUGCAGGCAACGUUGUAUGCGCGCGAAAUACGUUGGCAGCACUGGCUGUAAAUCAGCUGGUCAGCUGUUGUACUGUUGUAUUUGUCACUUCACAUUAAAUGUUAUAUUAAAAGUUCACUUCUGUGUAAAACUAGGUUAUGUUUCUUCACCAAUUUAUUUGUUUUAUGGUAACUGUAGGAAAAGUAUAAUGUGCAACUCGAGUGCAAAGUGCAAUUGCCUCACUCGAGAAACCAUUCCUCACUCGCCUACGGCUCGUAAGGGUUUCUCUCGAGUGAGUCAAUUGCUCACUUUUCUCACUAGUUGCACAAAUAACUAUUCCACGUUCUAGUGAUUUAUAUUUUUUAUUGUGUCCCCUAACAUUUAUCAGCCUUGGUCUUGGCCUUAAGUUAGAAUUACAAGUAAUGAAAAAGUGUCUGUUGGAUUAGAUUAAGUUUAAGAAUAAAUCUGCAUGUAGUUUA